CUCCUCUCUGCCUCGCGUUCCCGCAGGCUCCCGAGAGGUAGCGGACGGUGCAGUCGAGAGGAGCCGGGCUCUGUCCUUAGGGCCUAAGGCCACCCAUGGGGUGCCCAGGCCCUCGGCUCUAGGAGAAAGGAAGCAAAGAAAGAGGCUGCCGAAGUGACUAGUCCUGGGAGGGAUCUCUCCCAAGUGCCCGGGAGUCCUUUGCUUGGGUCUCCGCUUUGAACAAUCUCUAGCAGUUCGAGGAGGCAGGCAGCGCCGCCUCUCUGGGGGACUGGCCCGGGAUCCUUUUCCCAAAUGCGCUGGGGAGGUUUUUGCCGGUCGGGAGCCGAACUCCUGCUGUGAGCGCUUCUCUGAACCAGACUGAGCCGCUGCGCAUUCCGACCUCCAGGGGCUGUGAGAGCAACAACCCCAAGCCAAGGGAAUUUGGAGAGCUGCUGAGGAGCCAGGGUCUUGGAGGAGAGAGACAUGUCUUUUCAGCUGCGAUUCAAAAGGGGAGAAUUCCCUGUCACCAUCAGAGAAGCAACUGCCCGGAAAUGUGAUUGCAGUUGACUAGCAAGGCAGAGAGGCCUGGGAGUCUUUGGAUUGAUGGCUUAGAAUAUGCUAAAAAGCCAAUGUUUUCUUUGGGGAAUGUAGGGGCCAGCUGGCGCCCAUGACAGUGACCUGGAGCAAGGAGUCAGAAGACAGUUGUAGAAAGCAGAAGCUCCCUAAUGCAGGACUAACUUGAGCUGACAACGGGAGGCUCCUGCUGCAGUUGCUGCAGCGGGGUCCUGGAAUGUCGGUGAGGUCCUCCACCCCGGGGAGCAGUCCCGCUGUGAAGGGGCUGCCUGGUGAGGGAGGACUCCUGUCAGUCUGACUGACCCCUAAUCCCUGCUUUGAACUUGAGGAGUGUCAGAGCCCUGGAAGAUGAGGACUCUGAACACCUCCACCAUGGACCGGGCUGGGCUGGUGGUGAAGAGGGACUUCUCUUUCCGCAUCCUCACUGCCUGUUUUUUGUCCCUGCUCAUCCUGUCCACUCUCCUGGGGAACACACUGGUCUGUGCUGCUGUUAUUAGGUUCCGACACCUGCGUUCCAAGGUGACUAACUUCUUUGUUAUCUCCUUGGCUGUGUCGGAUCUCUUAGUGGCUGUCUUGGUCAUGCCCUGGAAAGCAGUGGCUGAGAUUGCUGGCUUCUGGCCAUUUGGGUCCUUCUGUAACAUCUGGGUGGCCUUUGACAUCAUGUGCUCCACGGCAUCCAUCCUCAACCUCUGUGUGAUCAGCAUGGACAGGUACUGGGCUAUCUCCAGCCCCUUCCGUUAUGAGAGGAAGAUGACCCCUAAGGCAGCCUUCAUCCUGAUCAGCGUGGCUUGGACCUUGUCUGUCCUUAUCUCUUUCAUCCCAGUGCAGCUUAGCUGGCACAAGGCAAAACCCACCAGCCUUUCUGAUGGGAAUGCCACAUCCCUGGAUGAGACCAUAGACAACUGUGAUUCUAGCCUGAGCAGGACAUAUGCCAUUUCGUCCUCCGUAAUAAGCUUUUACAUCCCUGUGGCCAUCAUGCUUGUCACCUACACCAGGAUCUACAGGAUUGCCCAGAAACAAAUACGGCGCAUCUCUGCCUUGGAGAGGGCAGCGGUCCAUGCCAAGAAUUGCCAGACCACCACAGGUAAUGGAAAACCUGUCGAAUGUUCUCAACCUGAAAGCUCUUUUAAGAUGUCCUUCAAGAGAGAGACUAAAGUUCUGAAGACUCUGUCGGUGAUCAUGGGGGUGUUUGUAUGCUGCUGGCUGCCCUUCUUCAUCUUGAACUGCAUUCUGCCCUUCUGUGGGUCUGGGGAGACCCAGCCUUUCUGCAUCGAUUCCAUCACCUUUGAUGUGUUUGUGUGGUUUGGGUGGGCUAAUUCCUCCUUGAACCCCAUCAUUUAUGCUUUCAAUGCUGAUUUUCGGAAGGCAUUUUCAACCCUCUUAGGAUGCUACAGACUUUGCCCUACGACGAAUAAUGCCAUAGAGACAGUUAGCAUCAAUAACAAUGGGGCUGUGGUGUUUUCCAGCCAUCACGAGCCACGAGGCUCCAUCUCCAAGGAGUGCAAUCUGGUUUACCUGAUCCCACAUGCUGUGGGCUCCUCUGAGGACCUGAAAAAGGAGGAGGCAGGCGGAAUAGCCAAACCCUUGGAGAAGCUGUCCCCAGCCCUGUCAGUCAUAUUGGACUAUGACACUGACGUCUCUUUAGAGAAAAUCCAACCCAUCACACAAAACGGACAGCACCCAACCUGAGCUUCUAGAUGAACCCCACCACACAUGCUCAUCCCCAAAGCAACAGGAACUUUGGGGCUUGCUGUUAAGAAAUUAAGGUUUGGUGAGACUCUGGGGCGCCAGGAGAGCCUUCUGCUGCUUUUCAACACAUAACAAACUAUAUUUUCAAAUACAUUCUAGUGUAUUUUCUGUGUUGUUCAUAGUCAAGCAAACAGGGACACUGCAAACGUGGGGAGCUACAAGGGACAUGUCUUUGGCUCCCAAAUUGUUUUUAGAAAUUUAUUUUUAUCUUAAGAUUUAAAAAAUAGGGCAAAGAAUCAGCAAUGAACAGCUUCACUUGAAAAAUCAAACCUUUUCCAGGAAAGAAAUCAGAAGGGUUGAGUUUGCUGUAUACAAACAGGUGCUAACAGUGUUCCAAGAAAAGUUUUCAGAUUGUAAAGGUAGGUGCAUGCCUUCAUAAAUUAUUUCUAAAAAAUAAUUGAGGCUUAUAGUAGGAAUGGGAUUUUUUUUCAGACUUGUAAGAUGCUUUGAUGAUAUUGGUUUUAUUUAUUUAUUGUAUCAUAUGGAUAUUUAUAAUUUAUUAUAAUAAAUAUAUAUUUAUCAUAUUUAAUAAGAUAAACUAACAAGUUACCUGAGAUCUUACAACCACAUUUUUGCCCUUUAAACUAGCACUUUAUAAGCCAAUGAAACAAACACACAGACUCUGUGAAAUUCUAACAAAUGCUCACGUAUAACUUCUAGAAACAUAGCAAAGACUGAUUCCUUAAAAUUCGCUGACACAAAUAAAUACAAGGUGAGAGCCAAUGAAUGCUGCAAAUGCUUGUUUUUUCUUUUUCCUAAAAAGGUUUUGAAACAUUUUAAAAAGGUUAGUGACCCUGGUGUUCAAAAAUUUUUAAAUGGCAAAGGCUUUCCCAGGGGAAUUUGCCAUUCUGUAAAUAUCUUAAAUAAAAGCCAGCUAAAAAGAGUUUGACUUUAAAUUUAUGAUCUUACUUGGUAACAGAAAGCACUUUGUAUUUAUGUAAAAUAACUGGCUCACCGUCUUUUCUCAUUUCUCGUGUCAGAUAGCUUUUCUGAACCAAACAAAUGGCUUUCCUAAAUAGAGAUGUGGAUUGUAGUAACCCCACGGAUGGACAGAGUUUAAACCCUGCAUCUCCAUCUUACCAGGUCAAAACAGGCCACUCAGUGGGGCUACUUUUUGCAGUGCUUUAAUCUGAACUUAGAACUGAUUUUUUUUUUAAAAAGUCUUGCAGUGUUAAUGUAUGUUACUUAACUCAUAGUGCCUCAGUAGUGUCCUUGAGUAAGACACUUCUGUUGGUGGAAGAAACAGGAGAACCCUUCUCUUUGGGUGUGUUAGGCCAUCAGCACCUCUUUUGACAAAUGCUCUUCCUUCCUUGUGCUUUGGAAUCACGUUUCUGUGUCACUGCCCAGAUUGUAAAAAGUACGGAAAGCCUCCUUUGCAAGACGCUAACUCAGAGUGAGGCAUUUCAAGAGUUUCUUUGAAAUGUUUACAAAAUAUUCUUCUUGAUAAGCAACUUACUUAACAGUCAAAUGGAAUCAGUAAAAAGGAAAAAAAAAAAUCUCCUGAAAAGUAUCUCCUGCAUCAGGUCUGUGCUAUUUAUGUAUUGUGAAUGUUUUCUUAAUUUUAUUGGCUGUAUGCUUUCUUACAUAUAAUAAA